GAUAAGAUUCACACUAAUUCACCGAGACCCCGGCUAUAACUCCAAAGAGAACCGGAUCUAAAGUCUUUCGUCGACUCCGGAUACGUAAUGGAGGGGUUUUUUGAUCAGCUCCUCUCUCCCACAUAACACUACCACAUCCACCACAUCCACAACAUACGUCCACCACACAUACACGGCAUACGCUACCUUCUGUCUACCUUAGUAUAUGUCGGCAGUACCUGCGGUUGGCUUGAUGAUCUUGCAUUGCGUGUAAAUAGAGCGGGUCUCGAAGGGUUUCGGUCGCGAAGAGAGCGUUGCUUUUGAAAUUGAAAUCGAAAUCGGUUUGGCCGUCCGAGCUACCAAGCUACCACUAACACCAGAAUACUAGGUAAUAAAAUAAUCUUGUUGAACAAGUCCAGAUUCUCUAUCUUGUCUUUUGUAAACCGAGUUCGAGUUCCAUCCCGAGUCUCACCCCCAUUCACUCGCCUACCCAUCACUCCGUCACCCAUUCAUACCCGUACACGUACAAAUACAUAUCUACAUAUACAUCAACCCUACCACCUCCUUCCUUUCCUUCCGUUUCUAUACUCAUCUACUCCUCCAAACCAUGAAGAUCCGAUACAGGGCCCCCUCUGGGCCAGGUGCUCUAGAGCUUGACGAUGAUGCCACCGUGAACCAGCUUCUUGAAGCUCUCAAGUCUAGUACUGGGCUGGACGAUUUGACGGUCAAGUAUGGCUGGCCGCCAAAGGCACUGAGCACGGAUGAGGGUGGCGUCUCCCUGCAGUCGCUGGGCCUCCACCGCGAGAUGCUCACUAUCGCACCUCUGGAAAAAGCCUCCACGGUAGCUAAGGAGGAGCCUCAAGCUAUUAUCCCUGAUUUGGAUUCAUCUGAAGGCAAAGGCCGAGGCGUCAAGGACCAGCAAAUCAGCGUCUUCAUGCCCGAGAGUAAUUCUACCCUAGGUAGGCAGCCCGAUUUGUUAAAAUAUCUGCGCAUUUUUAGUAAAGCGAUCCAAACUGACGUCGUGCGUUUACCCGUAGUCCUUCGAGUUAUGCCCGAUGACAACAGCUGUCUAUUCACAGCCGUCGGUGGCGCUUUGCGUGGUUAUGGCUCCGAUCCCGAUAAGUUCUUCGAUGCCGUCGCGCUUCGCCGUAUUGUUGUCGACCACAUCCGCGCCAACCCGGAGAAGUAUAAUGCCGUCAUCCUUGGCAAGAGCCCGGAAGCGUACUGUAACAACAUGCUGCGGCCCGACGUGUGGGGAGGCGACAUUGAGCUCUCUAUCAUGUCCGAGGUCUUCCAGCUCGAGAUUUCCGUCGUCGACGUCAAGACGGGAAACGUAUACCGAAUCGGCCAGGGGAACGACUACGAGAUGCGUUGCGUCAUCGUGUACUCCAACAUCCACUACGAUCGCGUCGCCGAGAUCUUUGUCGAGGGCCAGGGGUCCAUGGAAUUCGACGUCGCGCGCUGGGCUGUGGACGGCAGCGAGCACAUCAUCAAGCACGCCCAGGAAAUGUGCAAGAAGCUUAAGGAAGAGUACCACUAUUACACCGACACCUCUGAUUUUGUCGUUACGUGCAACGAGUGCGGCUGGUUGGGACAGGGCCAGAAAGCCCUCGCCGAGCAUGCGAUCCAGACCGGUCAUACGGACAUUAGCGAGAUCAAGGAUAACUCGUAGUCAGUCCGUCAUAGGUGCCUGUCCUUUGCAUGCCCUG